AUGGCCUGCCUUGCUGUCGCGGACGGGAUGACGUGGCGCGCCCUCUUGGCGGCCGUCUUGCCGGGCGCGGCCGGUCCCUCUGCCGCGCGCUUCGCGGCUGGCUUCGGCGACACCGCGUCCUUCCCGUGCGGUUAUCUCCUCGACAUGGCCUCUCCGCCGGCCCCUCCACCUCUCCCGGCGCGGCCUCUCUUUACCGCGGCUAAGUCCAACGCCGCCAGAUCGCCAUCCGUCUCUUCUUCCUCCUCCAACCCUAGUUCUCUUACCCACCACCAAUACACCCUUCCGCCACCACAAAUCUCUCUAGCAGAUACAAUUGCCGAUGUUGCGUCGUUCAUACCCAUCUCGCUUGAUCUCGCUGCCCACAAUUACUACCACUGGCGCCAUCUCUUCCACAUCCACCUUGGUCGCUGCAGUCUACGCCACCAUAUACAUCCAUCCUCUGUCCCGCAGCCUGCCAAUCCGCGUUGGGUGAAGGACGAUCUCACGAUCAUCCAAUGGAUUUAUACUCGGAUCUCAACCGAGCUCUUCAAUCUUGUCUCCAACGACGAUGCCACCGCAGCCGAGCUUUGGGCCUCUCUUCAACAGUUGUUUCAAGACAACUCAGACGCCCGCAUCAACGCUCUCCACACCGAGCUCCGCACCAUCACCCAAGGAGACUCCCCGGUCACCGUCUUCUGCCAGCGCAUCAAGUCGAUCGGUGAUGAACUACGGCAGCUUGGUGAUCACGUCGACGACCGCGUCCUCAUAAACGCUCUUCUCGUCGGCCUCGGUGAGCAGUUUGAGAAACAGGUGGCCUUCAUCCCCAUGUUGCGGCCCUACCCUUCCUUCGGCGAGGUCCGCUCUCUCCUUCAGCUCGAGGCUCAGAACCAAGCUCGCAAGGCUACUCGCCCGCAAGUGUUUCACGCCACCACCAAGUCUUCGGCGCCAGCUCCAUCCACUCUGUCGCCGGCACCUGCCCAGCCGCCUCUAGGCUGGCGCCCGAGCCCUAACUACCGCGGGAAGAAUCCCGUCUAUCGGCCGCCCCAGCCUCGCUCCGCCAGCUCUUCAGCGUCAUCAUCAUCGUCUACACCGGCAUCUACUCCACCGGCAUGUCACCCGCAGCAAGAUCCCUGGACCGGGCUGGUUCAGGCAUGGCCCAUGCCUUGGUCUGCUCCGUCUCCUUACGGCGCUCCUCCAGCAUACACGAGAUCCUGGAGUCCGGGCCAUCGUCCUGCCACCGGCUCUCCUGGUCUCCUCGGACCCUGA